GAAUUCGUGCCCGUGCAGCCGGCCAUCGCCAACUCAUACACAGCCAUCCUUCACAUCGCCCGCACCCUGCCCCACCUCCUCGCCGCCGCCGACGCGGGCGCCGGCGGCGCUGGCGCCGGCGCGGGUGGCGCGGCGCCGUACGCGCGCUGCUGCGCCGGGCCGGCGGCGAGGGGCGUGGGCGCGGCGCUUGCGGCGCAGGUUGCGCGGGACCCCGCUCUG